UCAUGUCGCUCGGCAAGCCAUGGCUUCAGGAGGAUAAGGCGCUGGUCAUGUACAAGUACACGCCCAACGGCCGCGCCGACAACAUGCUCGCGCUCAACGUCGGCGAGGAGGUGCUGAUCCAGUCGCGCGGCAGCGAGUCGCAGGGCUGGUGGAAGGGCCGCAUCGGAGACCGGCGGGCUACUUCCCGAAGUCGUACGUACAGGAGAUCGACUGAGGGGAGCGUCGCGGCGUUGGCGGCGGCCGGCCGGCCGUCCUGCCGGCCCAGCGCGCAGUGUGUGUCAGUGCCAAACUCGGAUCAAUGCAUGCUCACCCGUGUGUCCAUUAUUAAUGCAGAUAGCAGUGUCUUACGACGGAAAGCGAGCGCAGAGAAUGUGAUACUCCCCGCACGCGCCGCCUGCCCCGCCGCUUAGCGCUUCACCACUGGGCGCGUUCCAUGUUGUGCCGCGCCGCGCGCGUGCGCGGCGUGGCGCGGCUAGUCAUUCCGAUGUUUCGUCGCGGCACAGUUAUUACCUCCUGAUGUGGCAGACGGUGGCCGGCAUCUGCCGCCGGUCGGUUCGCGCGUCGCGGCGGGCCAAGAGACGCUCGAAAGCGGCCAGCCGGGUUGUGCGCGCGCGUCACAGCGCUCUGCCGAAUGGACUAUGGUCGCGUUGCGACCGUGUGAGCCUUUACCGGAGACGAUGAGGGAAGGGGAGGGGGCGAGUGGGAAGGACAAUGCUGAGCGGGGCCGGUGUUGUUGCCCUCUCCGCACGGUGGACCGGGCGCCGCGGCGGGCCUGCCGCCGCUCUGAGAGCCACGUAUUCACUCAACGACUGUCGCAUUCGCUGUUAUGCACUCGAUGUCAGUGAUGCCACCUCGGUCUGGUUCGCUGCAGCUUUGGAUGUGGAGUCACCCGGUGUCCGGGCCCAUUUCCAGUCGCUGUGUCCGAUAUUCGAAAUAGAUGUCCACCUCCACCGCCCUGCCAACUGGUCUGUCACCCAGCAGCGAGGAGAGUUGCCGUGUGGCAAGUGCACCACUAUGCGUAUACUAUUGGGAGUACUGAGUAUGGGUGCGGGAGUGUCACUAAAAUCGGUUGGGGGAGAGGGGCUAAGCCAAGAAAGUUGCCCUGACCUACCCCAAGUCCUGAUUUCUACCCGGAUGUCGGCCAUCUAAGUGCACGUCACUGGUGUUAAAACUAAAGAAUAAAUGUGUUUGGUCGGUUC